UUGAAUAGUGUAUACGCGUAACGUGCACGGCUUUUCGCUUACAACUACUCGUUUGUCGUCGAACAGGCAACAGCACGAUUAUACACUUUUCUCUUUUAUAGUAAGAUUUUGCGAGCUCACGUUUCGUGUCAAUAAAGGCUUAAAAAUGCGUUACGUGGCUGCAUACUUGUUGAGUGCCCUUAGUGGAAAGGAGCCAGCUACUGAUGAUAUUGAAAAAAUUCUAAGCUCUGUUGGUAUUGAAGUUGAUUCUGAAAAGCUUGGUAUUGUUAUAAAGCAACUGAAGGGCAAGAAUGUUGAUGAACUCAUUGAAAGCGGUAAAGCUAAGUUAGCCAGUGUACCAACGGGAGCUGCAGCAGCUGCACCUGCAGGUGGUGCAGGUGGCGCUGCGCCUGCUGAAGCUGAGGAAAAGAAAGCUAACAAGAAGGAAGAGAAGGCUGAAGAAUCUGAUGAAGGAUCAGAUGAUGAUAUGGGCUUUGGCUUAUUCAACUAAGACUGUUACGUUUUCUUGCUUGCUGCUCCUGACCAUUUUGUAUUUCGACAUUUGACGGUUCAAUAAAAUUACAAAAUAAUUA